UUGGCAUUUCAAGUCUCACUCGUUCAGUUCCUCUUUGUGCGUUUAUAGUUGUAUCGCUGUAGCAACGGGAAAAUGAGUGGGCGGUCGUGUGGUCAGUCUGGAGCUCUUAAAUGGACCUGCUGCUGUCCUCACACACUCACACAGACACCGAGGUCAGCAUGAAGUGGACACACACCUUCACAGGGAUUUUUCUGUGCUCCUCCGCCUCCGCUGUGAUGCUCCCGCUGCCUGAGCACGGAUCCGGUUUGCAAAUUACAGGCCCCAAGAUUGUUGCUGUAACGCACAGAUUAGACGUGAACGACUACUACAUUACCUGCAAAGUGCAGGCUGAGUCACUUAAAGCAGAGACUACAGUGUACUGGUUGGUCAACGGCAGCUUUGUGGAGGAGGCCUAUCCAGAUGGCAGAGUGAAAACAUUUCAGAAACGCGUCACCAGUUCAAGUCGGCCCCUCAAGACUACUCUGCAUUUCACACAGGUUUUACCAGAGGACUUCUCCACCACUUUGACCUGUAUAGCACUGAACUCUGCUGGGUUUGACACGAGAAGGACAACAUUAAAAAAAAAAAAUGGGCUACUGGAUCAUAAAAAGAGAAUAGUGGUGUGAUGCAUGGCAUGGGACGUCUUCAAAACGCACUGAGCAGCACUCAAUUUAGAUAUUUGUAUAACUCAGAUUUAUUCUAAAUCUCUUUUGUACUUGACCCACAGAAUAUGCUAAUGGUACAUUGGAGCUGCUUCCCACCAAAAGUCAGUUGUGAUAACUCAAAUGAUAGCUAAAGCUAGUUUUUGCAAAUCUUGUUUUAUUAAGGUUAAUAAAGCGAUAAUGUUUACCAUCUGCUGUUAAAUACAUAAAAUGUUUGAAAGUCAUUUACAUAAACAGCACUUACCCGAAAGUAUGUGUUCGGUUUUAUGAAGGACUAAUGUGUAAACUUGUUGUGAUUAAUUAAAAAUGCAAAAUACUUUCAAUGAAUGCUUUAGUAUCAUUUCAGACUGUUCUAUAUGUACUGUGGUGUAGAUGUUUACUUGAGAUGUAGGAUAUACUCACAGUGAAUAAAUGCUUGGUUUAAUUUUCAAA